AUGAGCAUGAAUUGCCUGAACAGAAUAAAUUCAGAGGAAGAAAUGAAACCCGAUGAGUUGCAAGAAGACUACAAGCCCAAUAACUACAUCCACUUUUGGGCCGUGGCCGGUAGGAGCUUGUCAGGGAACUUGGAACCCAAUUUCAAGCCCAAGCCCAAUUAUGACAAAAUGAGAAGCUGGUCCAGUCUUGACCCCAUACAGGAAAAGAGCCCUCUUGGCUGCAGGCCCACCACAUUUGGGUCGGGCCCACCGAGCCCGAGGCUUGUGAGGAGCAGUGGCAUGAGAAGGGAUUGGAGCUUUGAGGACCUGCGAGAAGCAAUUAAGGGGUGA